GAUUCUGUUAAAGGCAGGAGACGCUUAUCUCUAACGCGUUAUAAACAAACUUUUCCUGCACUUGAACGUUGGGGUAUGUGAAGUGUGUUCACUACGUGGUAGCGCGCCUAUGCUUUACUUACUACAUAGCAAACAUUUGGCUCAGCACUUUUGCUUUGUAGACUCAGCAACUUUUAGUAGAAAUUUGGCUGUAGGAAUUGAUGCCUUCAAAAGCUCCAAGGUACUAUCGCUGACAUCACCUUCCAAGCAUCUCCAUCAGCCAGAGGAAGGGAUUGCAGACUUGCCAAUUACCUCGUUGGAGCAUUCAUUUAGGCCAUCCACACUCAAGGAUACGCAGCUCUCUAUGCCUGAAUCGAGAGAGAGUCAGGAAAUGGAGCAGACACAGACACUCAGUUUACUAUCGAAGCAAAGUCAAAUGGAGCGUGAAAAUGCUUCUCCGCUUAGUGAUUAUGAUAGAUUUGGGCCCUCGGAGGGAGGUCACUUGGAUAGAUGGCAGACACGAUCAAAUAUAGAGAACCCUUCGGCACAUAGGUCCCAUACAAGUCCCUCACUACAAUCGAUUUCCGCAUCUUUGCUACCCAAAACGUCACCCCAAUCAGUUCCAAAAAAGAGACGCUUACCAAGCACUAUUCGGGGAAUUAAGAGGCCAUCUCCAGCAAUGAAAGACACUAGAUUGGAUGACGCCUUCUUCGGAAACUCUGAUUCAGAUGAGGAGCUAUCUGGUGUCGUUAGUAACAAUGCUGCGCAUACUGCUCUGAAAGGUACAACUCCUGGACAAGAAUCAUCAAAUUUUGGAACCAAGGCGCCGAGUUGCAGUCGAAGGUCAGAGCAAGCUGUGGAUUAUCUAACUCGUAUUGUUACUGCAAUGGAUGGAGAAAAGAAAAGCCUGCUCUCCGAUAAUCAUCCUCAGCUUCACAUUAUAAAUGUUGGCUCUGAGAAUAUCUUCCUUCGACGGAAAAUAAACGAUUAGACAAGUGCACUAAAUUUAUACAUGUGCUCCAACACUUCAAGCAGCGCAUCAACUGAUUAUUUAUACCAUUUGCUGGUGUGGCUUGCCUUUUCUCAUUCUAUUGGUUACACGGCCGACAAUAAAAGGCGCGCUUGUGUUGUAGUUUUUCUUCAUCGGUUUCCUUUAGUCCCCUAACACGACUCUACCAGACCGGCUCCUAUAUUCCUAUAUUCUCUCUCGCCUUGUUCACACAAACCUACAACACCCUUACUUCCCUUAAACUUUAGUAAUCAUGCGUGAAGUUAUUAGUAUCCAUGUCGGACAGGUGAGUAAAAUCUAAUGUUGAAUUCAUUACCGCACUUUUUUUUUAUUCGAAC